CCCCUGGGAGCUCGACUUCAAGCAAGGAGGCCGAGCCAGAGCCAGGUAACCGAGAAAAAAAGAGAAGAGGUAGAGAGAAAAGGCUUGAGGGCUUGUUAUGGGGUUAGCGUGAGAGAAACCAGGCUGUUUUCCACCCUUCCUUACCAGUCCAACCAGUAACUCUGGAUAGAAAACCCUCAGCAGUUUUUACCCUUGUGGUCCCUGAUGGCUUCGCACAGUGAUACUCUGGUGGUGUUCUUUGGGGCAACAGCUGGUGCAAAUGGGGGUAAACUGGGUUCGGAUGAGAGGGAAAUAAUUCUGUUGGUGUGGCAAAUUGUGGACCUACAUGAGAAGAAGGUGGGGAAGAUUCAGCAACAACUGAUUAAACCAGACACGUUAGAGCUGACGGACCAAUGUAAAGAAGAGACUGGACUGAGUGUAGAGGAGCUUUGCAAAGCAGAACCUCUGGACACAGUUCUGCAACAGUUCCAGCAAGCUGUGUCAGCGGAGGUUAAAGCUCUGGGCAGGAGCUCCUACACGCUGUGUGUUGACGGACCCCUUCUCAUCCGACAGGCCCUUCACCCCGAGGCCUCCAAAAAGAAUCUGGUCCUUCCAGAAUGUUUCUACUCAUUUGUGGAUUUAAAAAGAGAGUUCCACAAAUGCUGUCCCAAUGCUGGCCCAGUGAAAGACCUCACCCUGCCCUCCAUGCUCGAAUAUGUGUGUCUCCCUGCUGUAAACGAGCAGAUGGCUGGAGUGAGGGAAGUGAAGAGCAUGAUGAUGGUCAUUCAACACAUCCUGGCUGAGCCAUACGAUCAUAAAUUUUCCUCGUUUGAGACAGUGAAGUACAAGUUUGAAUCUGGAGCCUGCAGUAAGACUGAAGCUGUGGACAGUGAGACGGUCAUCAGAGCCAGAGGGUUACCAUGGCAAUCAUCCGACCAGGACAUUGCUCGCUUCUUCAAGGGCCUCAACAUUGCCAAAGGCGGCGUGGCGCUGUGUCUGAAUGCUCAGGGCCGCAGGAAUGGAGAAGCUUUGGUGCGUUUUAUUAACUCAGAACACAGAGACAUGGCACUGGAACGGCACAAACACCACAUGGGCAGCAGAUACAUCGAGGUGUAUAAAGCAACUGGAGAAGAGUUCCUGAAGAUUGCUGGAGGCACAUCCAAUGAGGUGGCGCAGUUUCUGUCUAAGGAGAACCAGGUGAUAAUCCGCAUGCGUGGCCUGCCCUUCACAGCCACACAGCAGGACGUGCUGGGCUUCCUGGGCCCUGAGAGCCCUGUGACAGAUGGCACUGAGGGCCUGCUGUUCGUAAAGUACCCAGACGGGAGGCCUACGGGCGAUGCCUUCGUACUGUUUGCCUGUGAGGAGUACGCCCAGAAUGCCCUGAAGAAGCACAAACAGAUUCUGGGAAAGAGAUACAUUGAACUGUUCCGCAGUACAGCGGCUGAAGUCCAGCAGGUGCUAAACCGUUACAUGUCCACUCCACUGAUCUCCACGCUCCCUCCUCCUCCUAUGGUUCCGGUCCCGGUGCUGGCCACCCCUCCCUUCAUCACCACGAGCAGCACCAGAGACUGCGUGCGUCUGCGAGGGCUCCCCUACACAGCCGCCAUCGAAGACAUCUUGGAGUUCAUGGGAGAACACACCAUAGACAUCAAACCACACGGCGUUCAUAUGGUGCUCAACCAGCAGGGUCGUCCCUCUGGUGAUGCCUUCAUCCAGAUAAAGUCAGCGGAUCGUGCGUUCAUGGUGACCCAGAAGUGCCACAAGAAGAUGAUGAAGGACCGUUAUGUGGAGGUGUUCCAGUGUUCUGCUGAAGAGAUGAGCUUUGUGCUGAUGGGGGGAACUCUGAACCGAAGUGGUCUUUCCCCUCCACCGUGCAAACUGCCCUGCCUGUCACCACCGACCUAUGCUGCAUUUCCUGCCCCGACAGCCAUGCUGUCCACUGAGGCUCUCUAUCAGCCCCCUCUGCUGGCCACUCCCAGAACACCACAGCCCCCCACUCACAGCCCUGCACCCACCCUGACCUACUACUCUCCUCAGCCUCAACUCUAUAUGAACAUGAACAUGAACUACACAGCCUAUUACCCCAGUCCUCCAGUGUCUCCCUCCACAGUGAGCUACUUUGCAGCCCCUCCAGGUUCCAUGGCGGCUGCAGUGGCUCAGCCAGCCCCUCCUGUUCUGCCUCAGCCUGGCGCUCUGGUGCGCAUGCAAGGGCUACCAUACAGCGCUGGUGUGAAAGACAUACUCAGCUUCUUCCAAGGCUACCAGUACACUCCUGAGGAUUACAGCAGUGUGAUGGGAGUGAACGAUCAGGCCCGUGCUCUAAUCCAGCCCAAAGAGUGGCUCUGCCUGUAGGGGGCACUCCUCCAGCUCCAGGCGGACUCUGUCCUUGUCUUGUAUAACCUGAGUGGCCAGCGGAGCGGGGAGGCACUGGUGACUUUUCCCAGCGAGGAGGCGGCAAGGCGGGCCGUGGCCGAGCGCUCCAACCUCCCCCUCUUCGGUCACCCUGUCCGCCUGACGUGCUGCGAAUGACUAAAACCCUGACCUACUGGAAAGUGACCGCUGGAACGAGCGAGCUCCGCACUUCACCCGAUUAACCUCUCCCCCGAACCAUAUCCCCUGACCUCGUUCUACCUUAAACUGGCACACAGACAGUCUGUCCUCCAUUUCUAACCCGCUACUACUGCUGGAGGGGAGCUGGCAUGGAAAUACAUGAAUUCUGUGUAUAUAUGUAUUGUCUAAGUGCCUGCUGUUUGUAUAUCAGUGCGUUUGAGACACAAGGAGAACCGGCAUGCUUUAUGUGCCUCUAUGCAAAUGUUAGUAGAUCUAAAGCAUAUUGAGGCCUCACUCUACCAUGUGCUUAUGGAUCAAAAUUCCCUCAUUCAUCUCAAGCUCUUCCUGUGGGUGAAAUGCCAUGACAAGUAUCCACUGUUUUUAAUGUGUAUGCUACUCCCUGUAAGCCAAUGGAAGGCAGUGCAAUAUACAAGGGCUAAGCCAUAUGGCCUGCCAGUGCCUCAUGCUGGAUGCAAGAAGAAUUGGAACACUACUGACCGCCAAGAGGCUGAUUCUAAGCCACUACUGAAUGUACAGUGAGGUUGUAUAAGCCAAACUAUGCUUUAAAACCUAGUGAGUAGAAAACUUGCUGCAUGUUGGAUUUAAAAAAAUUUUUGUUUUGGUGGAGAGUGUCUCUGCACUGUAGACCACACAAUGCCUGAACACUUAAUUGUAUAAUCAAAAGUGGACCAAGUGUGCCCUUCUUAGUUGAAUCAAAUCCAGGAGAGAACAGUUUUAUUUAAUACGAGAAACAAACGCUGUUUUGUCUGAUCUGCAUGCUUUCCUUCUUGGCCUUUAGUGAUGUUGGAGAGGCAUUCUGUGCCAUAGGUCUCCUCCUUUUUGGCAGCGUAGAUGAUAUAUAUUCUUUUUUCCACCACCACCCUUUUAGGAAAAAAAAAAACUGUGACCGAACUUGUAGGAUUAGGGCCGCAGUCUUUUGUUGCCUUUACUUCAUUACCCAGAGUGCAAUACCAGUUGAACAAAGAUUGGAGGCCUCUCUGGCAACCAAGUAGGCAUUUAGGU